UUUUUAUUAUUUUUCACUUAACCUAAUUUACAGUUCUAGUGCCCCAAUGGACAACUACGUGAGCAAUUUCAAUUGACAGCUGCACUUACAUUUUGUACAGCGCCUAGAUUCUAUUCUACUUUAUCGAACUGGUUGUUUUUCUGCUGCUUUCACUUUUUCUACUUUAUACCUAGUAGAAUGAUGAGCACAAGGAUGAUGAUGGAUGGCUGUUUUUCCUUUCCAGUCCGAUUGGGGGUCCAUUAUGAGUAGCGGUUCGCCGAUGUCCAGGUAUCCGGGUCCGUUUGAGCCACGGGGCUCAGAAGAGGGUCAGUUUCCGUUGCUCUCGGGGGAAAAGCAACUGAUGAAAAAUUGCAAGUGCCGGGGCUGGGAAUCAAACCCAUGACCAUCCGCAUAUGAAGCGAACGUGUGACCAACUACGCCACGGGCCCCGAUAACAAAUUCUAUCGUUACAAUGUACGUCGAAACUUUCUCCUUAGUAGGUAAUUCUCGUCGAUAGAUCUAAAGCCAUCAUUUUCUACAUCUUCUAUUGAUGACCACAAACUUCCACCCCUAAGUGUAGGCUUCCAUCGGCGCCGGUUUUGGCAGGACAGACAAAUGGCAAGCAAGUGCGCGGCCGCGCCAGUGGUGAGGUGACUCUGGAAGAGAUGUUGAAGCUAGCACACUGCCACUGCUACUCCAUUCACUACUGUGAAGGCUGUGUUGAUAAUUAAGCAUUUAUUUUCAUUUUGAGCACCACAUUGCCAACAUUGCGCACUGUAACUCCUCGGUAUUGUGCGCGAAACGUGCCUAUGAAUGUGACUAGUUUGUGCCGGCCCGCCGACGACCGUGCCGUGCCGGAAGCACGUUUGGAGGAGCACGAAGUGGGAGCCGAGUAUAGGGUAUCUUGCUCCCAUCGUGUGGAUAAGGUGGAUAAGACAGUCAUCCACCUGUGUAAAUAAAUAAUGCUACUACAUACUCCUGUAUGGAUAACCACUUGUAAACAGUGAUGGUUGUUAUUUUGGAAAACAGGGAUAAAAAAAUAAAUGAGAUUCUGGAUUAUUUAAGUAAGCUGAGAAUUAUUUCUCUUGAACUUGUUUCUAUGAAUAAUGUCUAAAAACAUUUUUCUGUUAUAUCUUGUCUAACUUUGCACACUUCGAUUAACAAUUUUCUUUAUAUUGAUUUCGAAAUUCGAUUGUCAUGACAUAUUUCUUUUUAGAUCUGGAAAAAUUCUUGAUAAAAAAAUUAAUUGAUGGUUUUCUAGAUACCCUUCAAGUCAAUAAUCUGAGCAAGGUUAAUCUUGCCAAACGUUCGCCUAUGAUUUUGCGAUUAUUACCUUUCACUAGAACAUCUUUUAUGCUUCAUGGACUUAUUCCGCUUGAAUCGUGAGAUGAAGAAGCCUCUUUGAAAAAGACUUUGAAAUGAAGUUGCUCAAAAGGGGUUUUACCAUCUUCCAAAUGUUUACGCUCCAAACCCUCGAAAACCCUUGAUAAUACUUCGCUAAGAAUAUUCCAUAGAUUCUGUCAAAGGUUCGAUGAGCAAUUUUACAGUUAUAAACUAAGAGCUUCUACUGUCAUAUAUUUUUAAGUAUUUCACAUAAGUCACCCAUACAAUACAUUUUUGUAAGAUUUGUCAUUUUCUCAAAAAAUCGAUUUCUCAUUUUUUCAAGAAAAUCAACAAAAAAGUUUCCCCCUUUUUUAAACUAAGUUUACUUAAAUUUUGGGAGUAUUGACAAGAACUGCUUGUCCAGAAAGAUUACCAGAAUGUUUCAUUAAAAUCUACAUAAUUGUGUGCUAGUAACUCUGAUUUGGCGCGAAAUGCGUUUUAUGGUUAACUAGUCCUGGAACUAGCUGUAUAUUUUAAAGAAUUUUUAGUACAUUUUUUUUAUUCUUCAACCACUUAAUCUAAUUUACAGCUCUUUUGUCCACUAGAGCACUGCGUGAGCGAUGCCAAUUGGCAGUUGCAAUUACACAUUAUACAGCGCCUUAAUGUAUUCUUUUCUAAUUCUACUAUAUCGAACUGGUUGCUUUUGUGCUGCUGUUACACCCUGCCCACGGUAGAAUGAUGAGCACGAGGAUGUUUAUAUGUGGUACUUGUUCCUUUUCCAUUAAGAUUAUCCAUUAUGAGUUGCCGUUAGCCGAUAUCCAAGUUUUCCGGGCCCGUUAGAGCAUAUGCUCAGAAGAGGGUCAGAAAAUUGUAAGUGCUGGGGCUGGGGUCGAACCCAUGCGCUUCUACUUAAGAAGUAAACGUAUUUCAGAGGGUUUCUGGAUCGAUCCAGAAGUUUUGAACGGGUACCAGAGGUGCCCCGUGGGGUUUCAGAGGCAUUCCAUGGGGUUCCAGAGGGUUUCAGGAGACUUCACGUGUGCAACAUGUGAUAUCAGGGAGUUUCAGGGGCAUUGCAGGUGUGUAUCAGGGUGUUUCGUUUUGUCAGGGGGUUUUAAAUGUGUUCCAAGGGGUUUCAAGGUAAUGAGAGUAUGUUAGGCUGUAACAAAUCUCAUUUUAUUCUUUUGUCACAGUGCUCGUUGACUCGACAAGAGAGGGGGGAGGAUGAAAAAUAAUAAAUGUAUCUGAUGAAACAACUGUCCACACAAUCAGGCAAAAUCGUGGAAUUCAUUGGAUUUGUUAAAAAAAAAUCAGGGCGACUCUAAUUUCACCUUUUAAAAAUUUUUGAAUAAUUUAUUUGUGUACCCCCUCAAAAUGUUGAAUUCCGGCCAAAGUUUUCCAAGGGGGUGGGGCUUUGUUACAUAAGAGAAGAAGGUUAGUGCCAUAUUUUGCACCAGACACGGAUUUCACGCACACGAGAUAUCUUCUUCCUUACUUUUAUUAGACUCUCACUGGUUUCAAGGGGUUUCAGGAGGGUUUAGUUUUCGGGGGUCUCCAGAGCGUUCCAUGUUGCUGCUUCAAAGAUUUCAGGGAUGUCCCCAGAGCAGGGAUAGGGUGCGACUCAAAACUCUUUGCGUGCCGCACACGCUGCUACGAGACAGCACACAAACCAGAAGCAGAUGAGUACGUGCAACCAGUUGUGUGUUGCUCGCUUUCUUUGUCGCACGCUGGAGCUCUACUGUCUCUCACGCUCUGUCGUAUGAACUCUCUCGGUGCUUGUCUCUGUGCUUUGCACUUUGCUUGAUACCACGCAUAAUCGGGAAAAUUUCGAAUCAAACGACCCAUCACUUGUCAACCCUUGACAAGCUUAACAACUUUGCCGAAAACACAAACUCUUCAAUUAAUUUAUUGAGUGAUUUUUUCUGUUCGGUGACAAGCACAGUCCCAAGCACCGUGCAUUACUCCCUGCGCCGUAGAGCUCUCACUCAUACGUCUCUGUCUCUCGGCAAAACGGGAGACAAGCACUUGAGAUUGUGUGAAGCACACGCUUUUUUUUUGCACCGCACGAUGCAUGCCGCCAAACCCUGCCCCAGGGGCAUUCUAGGGGUUCUCAGUAGAUUUCAGGGGCAUUCUAUGGGGUCUCAAGGGUUCCAGGGGUCCCGGGGUCGUUUCAGGAGGCUUUAGUAUCGUUGCAGGAGUAUCAACGGAUUACAUGGCUGCUCUAGCCGCGUUCAUGGUGUUUAGGAUGCAUUCCAGGGCUGUUCCAAGGGCACCUAAGGGGUUUCAUGAGCGUAUCAGGACCGUUCUAAGGGUGUUUAUGGGGUUCCAAGAUUGUUCCAGAAGAUAUAUCCUUGAUAUAACCUGAGAUCAUGAAGCGCUUUGAUAUGCCUUGAGGCUAGAAAUGUACUUCGUCAUAAGCGCCAAUUCCCGUCAUUUUAGAUGGAAAACAGCCCAUAGUUGAAGAUAUUUUAUCUUACCUAUUCCAAUGACUUAUUAGAUGGAAGUAAAAAGAUGUAGAAUACCAAUAACCAGCCUCUAUAGCACAGGAAAUUGAAUAAUUACGUAAAAUUUCUCUUUUCAAUAUCACUUCACUUACGGCUUCACAUAUUUUCCCGUUUUAUGUAUGCCGAAGGCAUCCGCACCAAAGCAGAAGCUAACCAAAUUGUGCAUCAUCACCGUUCAAUUUUCACUUCGCUAGAUUUACUUAUUGUAUUGUCCUUCGAUUCAUGUGGCACUUGGAUUUCUCUGCAGCAGAAUGCAACAAAAGCGGCACAAUUAUUGAAAGAAAUUGCUUUCCCGUCGGUAAAUUAUUAUCAAACAGUUAUCUUCGUUCCAGGGAAGAAGCAGGCAAAUGUGUUUAUUUCUGCUGUGUAUACGUAACAAAAUAUCAUCAAAUUUUCGAUUAUUAUCGAGCCAUAAUAUACCUCGGAUAUUUAUUCAUAGAAUGUCAGUGUUUCGGCAAUAUUUUAUAAUUGGAAAAUUAAAAAAAUACCAUCGGGAAUAUUGUGAUUUAUCUGAAUUUUGGGCUGCUUUUCAGACUAAAAUUUAUUUAAUAUUAUAUUUAUUUAUGUUAUUCUAAAGCUACAUCAAUUUAAAAGCUAUUCAGCAGUACUUUGAACGCAUUAUUUGAUUUGGAUUUCGAAGAAUUUGAUCGAUUUUUGUAAUACACAAAUAUAGUUAAACCAUAAUUGUUGAUCAAUCUAUGUACCAUAAAGUCUCAUUGAAGGAGUGACGGGAAUUAAAUUCAUAUUGUGCCCGAAAUAGUCGUAGAUGGAAUGAGAAUUAGAGGGACUUAUUAUUUUAAGGUUAUAGUAGGAGAUGUCCGAAGUCCUAAAAUGGUGACCAAACUAUACAAGAUGGCGGCCCAAAAAUCAAAAUGGUGCCUGUUUUAAGGAGUUUAAGGCUCUGAAUCCAUGCAAUAUGGGUAUAUUUGAAAUAGAGAAGAUGUACGGAGACCGAAAAGGGUGAUCCGAAUAUACAAGAUGGCGACCCAAAAUUCAAUAUGGCAGCUUUUAAGGAGUUUUAGUUUCUAAAACCAUGCAAUAUGCAGGGUGGCCACAGACUCGGGAAAUUCGGGAAAUGCGGGAAAAAGUCGGGAAUUGAAAUUCAUCGGGAAAUAUGCGGGAAUAAGUCGGGAAUUUUGUUUAUGAUCGGGAAUUUUUAAAAUUAUGUGUAACGCCUCUAGCAUAUAAACUCAAACCUAGAUUUCUUGAACCUUGACUCACUUUAAAUCCAGAUUCUUACACAGUUUCGGAAGGCUCACGCAGGGAUUCCAAAAUCCUGAUGAGCGUUUCUGAAUAACGAGUGAUUUCUUGUUUGAUAGAGACUAUCCGGGUGACAGAUUUUUAUUGUCCGGAUGCUCGAAUUCAAUUUGGGCACAAACAUAUUUUAAAUCAAAAUUUUUAAAAAUGAAGUUUUGAAAUCUAAAAACGUGAAAAAAGUAUCGCAAAAAAUAAUUUUGGUAGCCAAAUUAUGAAUGAUUUUAUCAGAAAGCCAUAAAAUACUUCUCCAACAUUUUCUUUGAAAAGUUUUAGCUUGUUACAUUUGUAUCAAAAUGGAGAAAUUAGUGACAUAGUUUUAGAGAUUCUAUCCAGACUUUUUUUUCUGUAGUAGUUAGGAUUUUCUGCCGGAAUAUCUGGCUGAGUUUUAGGACAAGUUUCAAUUAAUGUUGUCCUUGGAACUUUUUAAAAUAAUACCUUGAUUCGCUAGUGGAUGACUUCCUGAAAUUAUUGCUUUGUUGGAGUUUUUAAAGGGUUUUCAAGUAAUUUCAGUUCAUAGAAAAGCUCCAUGCAAUCACAAAAUCCAUCACACUAACAAUUUGGCAUUUAAAAAAAAUGGAAUAAUUACUAAAAGCAUUAAUAAUUCAGUCAUCUUUGAAGAGUCUCUGAUGGUUUUUUAUGGAAUUAUUAUGAAUUGAUGACGAAAUACUGGAGGAAACUCCUAAAGUGUUUUCUGUGUAGCGAUUUGUAGAAUUACUGGAUUAAUUUAUAAAUGAAUGCCUAGAAUCCUUGCAAUCACUGAUAUUACAACGGAAGCAAAAUUGCAAAACCAGAAGACUAGACUUUUUUUUAUGAAAUCUUUCAAUAUCUGCUGAAGGAAUUCCUGGUGUUACCAAUGCAAAACAUGAAAAGCUUCAUGCAUUAUUUCCAUAAGACAGACAUGUGAACAUUAUAGAAGAGCUUCCAACCUUAAUUCUUAAUGCAAAUCUUUAUGUGCUUUAUGUGCUUCUUGAGGUUCUGCAGAGUUUGCUGAUGAAACAUUGUCCUGAAAUCUUGAAUGUAAAAUAUGCCUUAUACUGAAAUAAUUAUUAUUAUUACUAUUUAUUAACGACACUUUACCAUUAUUGUGGCAUUCGUGUCAUACUGAAAUAAUGUUAAGCCCUUCUUGUAGGUAUAUCUGAUGUUUUUUUGUGUUACCUAUGCGCCUGAGCCUCAUUUUGCAUCCAAUUUCCAAACAAUAAAAUUGUGAUUUUCAGCAGUGUCUCAACGAAAAUUUCGUUGUUCCGGAUUUAUGCCCGGGGCACUGGAGUGCCCUCCAUAGCAGGUAGUGGGGCUACAUUUAAUUCGCCUUCGAAAACUAGCUUGCGACACAUCAAACUUCAUGAUUUGGCAAAACAGGAGUAUUGGAAAUUGUUUCUAGGGAUUUCGAGUAAACUGGCCACGUCUCCGGAUGUUCCGGAAACCUGGUGCCCACAGGAAAGUGACCACUUUUUGAUCAUUUUUGGAACCUAGCUUGCGACAUAUCACCCUUCAUAAUUUUCCAGAACAAGACUAUUUGAACAUGAUACUAGGGAUUUUGGGUACAAUGGCACCUCUCCGGAUAUCCCGGAAACCUGGUGUUUCUAGGGAAGUGUGCACUUUUUGAUUGAUUCUGAAAAAUCAAUAUUCAACUUACUUGGAAAGUUCUUCAACAAUGGGAUUUGGCAUUAAUUCGAUGUUUUCCUUAAAUAUCUAAAAUGAGCCUUACAAAUUUCGUGAGAAAUGUCAAAGUUUUGUUUUUCCGGGUUUGAGAAUUUCAGCUAGAAAUUGCUAAUGAAUAGAAAACUUUUCAUAAAAAUCCGCAGGUAUUUUCAAAAUUUGAGAAAAAUUCCGCUUAGAAAUUCAUCGCUAGUGCUCUCAUAACAAAACUCAUUUUUUUUUUUGAAAAUUACUAAUUCACACUAAACAGGAUUUUUUUCAUAGGUAAUUUCGAGAAGCUCCAACAGAGAUUUAUCUGUGUUCUGUAUUUUUUUUUAUCUAAAUGUACCUUCAGAAACCAGUUUCUUUGGAAAUUUCCAGGAGUUUGGCAUAAAUCGCCAGCGAAUCCUUGUGAAAAUCCUUUAUAUAUACGAAAUAUCAAACUAUGUGUAAUCUAAUGGAUUUCGGAUAAUUUUGAAUCUGGUGGUUUGAAUAUGAACCUGUUAAUAUAACGAGUUUUUUUUAAAUAUUUAUUUGUUAACUCAAUUAUUGAAUAAAUUUCCUGAUUUGUUACCAGCAGAGUAUGUGAGAAAAUAUCACCGUUAAUUCAGUAUUUUUGCAAUAAAAAUCCUUCCAAGAAAAUUUGUUAGGAAAUUCCUCGAAGAAUUUCACCAGAAAACACUCCAAUAAUUCGGCUUAUAGGAAUUAUAACAGAAUUAUGUCAACAAUGCCGUUCUUCACACCUUCAAAAUUCCUGGGAUAGCGUGAAAAACUCCUAUUAAGAAUUCACCAAAGAGUAUUUCAGUUAGCCGACUAGAUUUUUUUAUUGGAACUUCAUCAAGCAUUUCUUAACGAGUUCACAAUAACCUGUUGGGAAUUCUGAAACAUGUUUUCAAGCAUAGGCUUACUUUACAAGGCAUCCGGAAUAAGAAGCAAAUUUCAAGCUUAUGAUACAUGUAAAUUUAUUUUGAAGUCAACGUCUCUAAACUAUUGUAAAACUGUCAUAGCAUGUAUCACAAUGUCACUGUAAAUAUUUCAGUUUUACAGAUCUACUUAAAAGUUUGGAUUCUUGGAUGUUUUACAUGCUCCAUAUGUAUAUAAAGAAAAGUCGGGAAAAUUCAAAAUAAAUGCGGGAAAAAGUCGGGAAAAAUGCGGGAAUUUCAAUUUCGAUUUUGUGUGGCCACCCUGAAUAUGUGUAUAUUUGGCAUAGGAGCGGUUCCAUAUCAUUUCAGCAACGAGCAAUUUUCAUAUAUCUUUAUUUGGAUGAAACCUUGCAUACAAGUCUUAUCGUUAACGACGUGCUGUUUCGUGUGUUAUAUGGAGCCCACGCGUGGGCUUGGUCUAAGACCUUUUUUGAAUUUUAGGCCUCCAUCUUGGUCCAUUUUGAUCUCCGUACAUCUUCUCUAUGAGCGAUUCCACGAACAAGUGGGAAAUUUUUCCAGUUUUUAUUUUUUGUAUUUUUUGAUUUGCAUGGAACCUUGCAUACAAGUUUUUGGGGAACAAAAACGCCGUUUUGCAUACUUGGUUCGCCAUUUUGAAUCUAGCCUUACUUAUGAGAAGGGCCUAUGAAAAAUGCACAUGAUAUCUUCAAAAAAUUGUAUCUCGAAAACGGUUUGUCCGAUCGGUUUGGUGUCUUCGGCGAAGUUUUAGACAAUUGUUGGUGCUAUAUGGAGAAAAUAUGCACGGAAAAAAAUAUGUUUGGUUUUUGUGAUUUGAACUAAAAUAUAGUUUUUCCCUCAAAAGUGACAUGUCAAUAUUUUUUUUACUAUCCUUAUGUUAUAGCUGACUGAAAAUGCUACCUAGUGCACAGUGGGUUGUUCUGGAGAAAAAUAGGUUACAAUGAAAAAAAAUGUUUUAAAAAAUUACGGUUCUCAAAAAAAGCUAUUAAGUAAAGUCAAAAAAGUUUGUCGCCCUAAUUUUAUGAAAGUACAUCAAAUUUGCAAGAAAAAAGUACUUCGGUAACAUUUUUCUAGGAUGCACCGUUUAGAAGAUAUUACUAAUUUAAUAUUGAUUUUUUUGAUAACUUAAUAAGUUUUAGCCCUUUUCGGAUGUACUCCGUGUUUCUCCAGUUUCAAAAGUAUUUUUUUCGGAAAGAUUGGAAAAUUUUGAGUUAAAAUGACACUGACAGCUUAAAGAUUUGAGUGAAAUUCUCUGCCUUAGAAUUAUUUUGAAACAAGUUACAAAAUCCCACUAUCAAGAACAAUGAUUUCUUCCAGUGGUUUUUAUUGCCUUCUGCUGAAAACGUGCUAAUAAGUAUUAGAUACAGGUAAUUAGAUACCAGUUAGCUGUACUACGUACAGUUGGUGAUUGUAAACAUGGUCUUUGUUGGAACUAGUCCACCAUGGCCCAGGCUUGUAAACAUUCGACACUUUUCACUGCCUUCGUUUCGUUGUCGCGGUCGGGUGUCAGCUUGCUUUAUUUCUUUCGAACGCGACCGCUACCUCUUACACACAACACAAGCGGCAGAACAAAGAUCAAUAAACAAAAAAGUGGAUCAAAUCAACGAAGUCUGACACGAUGACAUUAGUAUAAUUCCAGCUUUUCGCAAGAUUUCAGCCAAUUUUGAUUAAAAUUGGUAUAAUAUUAGUCACCUUCCAUCAAACUAGACGGCUGCCGACUGAUACCUCAAUCAACAACCGCCGCACUCUUUAUUCAUUCCAGGUAUAUACAAUUUACAAUCUUCUUCAAUAACAAUAUACCUACGCCAGCAAAUCUACCUCGCUCCAACUCUCCAAACUCGUACCUGACGAUACCUGAGCGUUCAACUCUACCUAUCUUCCAGCAGUCUUUACCCAGCAUUCUAUGAUUUAUACCCGUGAGCUGUAUAAUAAUGUCUGACUCGGUUCUGAAUUCAUCCAGUAUCUACUAGGGAAAACCAAACAGUAAAUGCAGAAAGGUUGCUAGAAGCAUAGUGAUUUCAUAGUAAUUUCAGCUAAUAAUCCAGUGUUUUUGCACUAGAUCCAGUGUUGUUUGAUAACAUAAUAAUUGUAAAGGAAAGUGUAACACGUUUUGGUGCAAAGAUUACAAAAUGAGUAAAAUCAGAUGUAUUCGUCCAUUCAAAGACAUUCAGUGUUCGAAAGAGCUGCGAUAUCUCACGGAUGGUAUCAUCCAAAAACUAAAGUCAAUUGGAUUUUCCAAGGUAUCCACACUGAACACCAAGGAUUUUCGUAUUUGUUCGUCUUGCCGUCUACAUAUUGAUUCAAGAGCUCACCUCACCCAAAACGAAGAACAAAGCGUAGCCGGUGGCUCAAGGAUGCCAACUGUUCAGACCAUACCUGUUGUACCUGAUUCGCAAAGCUAUGAAAGUUUGGUCACGAUACCAUCAGCGUCAACGCUAAGCACAAUUCAAUCAAAUGAAGACUUCACGAUGCCUGUAGACGUCGAAAUAUUCAACCGAGGAAUAGCAGCUAUUCGUGUUUCGCCUAUAGAUUUAGGUAAGGUUAAAAAUGUUCACUAUCCUGAAAAAAAGUGCGCUGAAAUCGUCGAAGGUGUAAGAAGAAAUCUUUUUAAAUUAGACGCUAAAACAGAAAAAGCAAACGAGUUUAAUGAAGUCAUAGAAAAUAUGAAAAUUAAAUUUUUAAAUUCAGCCACAAGGCAAGAAAAACUAUCAAUUUUAUCAUUGUUACCAAAAUCAUGGUCAGUACAAAAAAUUGUAGACGAAUUUAAAACUAGUAGAAAUAUGGCAUCAGAUGCAAGAAAGGAAAAAAAUAAUGUAUUAGAUUCAUCUCAAGGUUCAAGCUCUGGAAAAGCUUUGAGUAAUGAAACAAAAGAACUGGUUUUGAAUUUUUUUGAGGGCGAUGAUAUAAGCCGUGCAAUGCCAGGCCAAAGAGAUUUUGUUAGCGUAAAGACAGGAAAUAAGAGAUUAGCUGUUCAGAAAAGAUUGUUAAUGAUGACAUUAAGAGAAGCUUUUAAUCGCUUUAAUGAAGUGUACGUCAAUGUAAAAAUAGGGUUUUCAUCAUUUGCAAGCCUCCGGCCAAGGCAAUGUAAACUAUUGACUAUCACAGGAACACAUAAUGUUUGCGUUUGCACUACGCAUGAAAAUGUCAAUUUAAUUCUACAUAGCUUAAAAAAAUACAAUGUCUUGAAUGAUCUAAAAACAUUAACGAAUAGAUUACUUUGCGAAAAUAAGACAACUCAUUGCCAUCUACGAAGAUGUAAAAACUGCCCAGAUACCUCAGUUUUAGAAGACAGUUUAUUGAAACAACUGGAAGAAAACUUUGUUGAAAAGCUUUCAUUCGAACAAUGGGUUACCACUGCCAGAUGUGAUUUAGAAACUAUUGUAAAGCAAACCGAUGACUUUGUUACAUUUUUCAGCUCAAAAUUAGAAAGUUUGAUUCCGCAUGAUUUUGUAAAAACCGAACAAUCCAAUUUUUUGAAAACUACAAAAUAAAACUUGCAAGAUGGUGAAUUUUUGGCUAUUUGUGACUUUUCUGAAAAUUACAGCUUCGUUUUGCAGGAUGAAGCUCAAUCACACCAUUGGAACGUGCAACAGGCCACAAUCCAUCCUUUCGUAAUAUAUUAUACUGAAAAUAGGCAAAUUAAACAUUUUAGCUUCAUUAUAAUUUCAGAAGAACUAAGACAUGAUUCAGUCGCUGUUAAUUUGUUUAUUGAUAAAAUGAUGAACUUUUUACAAAUUGAUCAAAAUAAAAACAUGAAAAAAAAAUAUUUUAUGUCAGAUGGUGCUGCUUCACAGUAUAAAAACCGAAAAAACUUUUCUAGCCUUUGUAAGUUUAAGUCAAAGUAUGGUAUUGACACUGAAUGGCAUUUCUUCGCAACAUCGCACGGAAAAGGUCCAUGCGAUGCUAUUGGAGGUACGAUAAAACGCAUGGCUACCAGAGCAAGUUUAGCCAAAGAACGCGAACACCCGAUAAAGACUGCAAGAGAGUUGUUUAAUUGGGCAAACAAACGAAAAGAAGAAGAACUUACAAAGUUGUCAUUUUGUUAUUCUACUACAGAAGAAUACGAAAAUAUGUCUUUGCAGCUAAAUAAUCAAUAUAAUAAUGCAAAAACAAUUCAAGGAACUCAAAAUUCCACUCAUUUCUUCCUCUAUCAGAAAAUACAAUAAAGGCAAAGCUUUAUUCAAACUGCCCUGACAAUGAUGGCAAAAUAUUCGAUAUUGUUAAGAAAGUUGUGUAAACAAUAAUUUGAUAAAAAUACAGGAAUAAAAAUAAACUGAUGUACAAAGUAUAAUGUUAUUUUUUAUUGCGCACAAAUACCACCCCUGAAAAAUAAGCCUUAUUCGCUCUUUUGAAUCUUGCUAAUUGAGGAGCUUGCGAUAUGCAAGAGUUGAAUGCACAUUUUCAACACAAUACACCAAAAACCACUGGAAGAAAUCAUUGUUCCUGAUAGUGGGAUUUUGUAACUUGUUUUUCAAAAUACUUUUAAGGCAGAGAAUUUCACUCAAAUCUUUAAGCUGUCAGUGUCAUUUUAACUCAAAAUUUUCCAAUCUUUCCGAAAAAAAUACUUUUGAAACUGAAGAAACACGGAGUACAUUCGAAAAGGGCUAAAACUUAUUAAGUUAUCAAAAAAAUCAAUAUUAAAUUAGUAAUAUCUUCUAAACGGUGCAUCUUAGAAAAAUGUUACCGAAGUAUUUUUUUCUUGCAAAUUUGAUGUACUUUCAUAAAAUUAGGGCGACAAACUUUUUUGACUUUACUUAAUAGCUUUUUUUUGAAAACCGUAAUUUUUUAAAACAUUUUUUUUUUUCAUUGUAACCUAUUUUUCUCCAGAACAACCCACUGUGCACUAGGUAGCAUUUUCAGUCAGCUAUAACAUAAGGAUAAUAAAAAAAUAUUGACAUGUCACUUUUGAGGGAAAAACUAUAUUUUAGUUCAAAUCACAAAAACCAAACAUAUUUUUUUACCGUGCAUAUUUUCUCCAUAUAGCACCAACAAUUGUCUAAAACUUCGCCGAAGACACCAAACCGAUCGGACAAACCGUUUUCGAGAUACAUUUUUUUUGAAGAUAUCAUGUGCAUUUUUCAUAGGCCCUUCUCAUAAGUAAGGCUAGAUUAAAAAUGGCGAACCAAGUAUGCAAAACGGCGUUUUUGUUCCCCAAAAACUUGUAUGCAAGGUUCCAUGCAAAUCAAAAAAUACAAAAAAUAAAAACUGGAAAAAAUUUCCACUUGUUCGUGGAAUCGCUCAUAGAGAAGAUGUACGGAGAUCAAAAUGGACCAAGAUGGAGGCCUAAAAUUCAAAAAAGGUCUUAGACCAAGCCCACGCGUGGGCUCCAUAUAACACACGAAACAGCACGUCGUUAACGAUUUAUAAUUCCGUUACCCACCCAUUUUCGCACCGGUCGUUCGUUUCCAUGUGAGUAAAAUAAUUAUCGGUCGCCUUUACGCACCGGUGGUUUCUAUUCCAUCCGUAUCAUCGGUUUUGCACUGUAAAUCAUCUGUGGUGUCAUUGCAAAUCUUAUUCUGGCAAAUAAUCAAACGAGAGGGUUUUGGAUAAAAGUCAGAACUGUUCUUUACUACGUUUAAAGAUAACAUUCUUUCUCAAGAAUGUGUUAUUGGAUUGAAUCUCGGAAUUCAAGUUUUUUUUACUUAAUAAUAUGCUUGUGACUUACUGUACGGCUUGUAGGUUGAUUUUUAGAAUAAUGUUAUCUCUUCGAUAUCCAUGUUGCCUUUCUCGAAAGAAAUUUAUCAGCCCCGCAAAUAAUAUAUCUGAAUUUGAGCUUUUGAGCAUUUUUUUUAUAUUAAGGUUUAUUGAGUAAUAACAUCCCUUGCAUUUUCCUUAUAAUUUUAACAGUCUAGAUUCAUAUCGGUAUGAUUUAAAUUUUUUUACAAAAAAUAUCUGCAGUUUUUCUGUGAUUUCUGAAUUGAGUUACAUAGGAUUCAUUCAAUUACGCAAACCAAUAUUGGGGGAGGAGGAAUUGGUUUAGCGCUGUGUUACGCUUCACAUAAAAUUUCGAUAUUUCCCAUUGUUACGUUUGUGAGGAAGGGGAUCUAAAACUGCAAAACCUCGCGUUACGUAAUAUUAAAUAUUCAAAUUUUGAAGGAAUCCAUAUCCAUAAGCAGUGCUGAAAAAUUCAUUCCGUCAUAUCUAAAUUCAAUCACCUACAGCUCAUUUUAGAAGCUGAACCUGAGAAUAUGGUAUAUGAAAAACUUGUGCGUCUAGACCAGUUCUGCGAGAAAGUCACGGAAAAACCACUACUUUUCCAAUAUUUAGGGUAAAUGUCACGGACUACCUUCGAAAAAUCCCAAUGAUAUUCACGGUGAAUAUCAUUUGGCAUUUUUCAAAGGUAGUCCGUGACAUUUACGUCAAAUAUUCGAAAAAUAGCGGUUUUCCGUGACUUUCUUGCAAAACUGGUCUAGCCGCACAAGUUUUUCAUAUACCAUAUUCUCAGGUUUAGCUUCUAAAAUGAGCUGUAGGUGGUUGAAUUUAGAUAUGACGGAAUGAAUUUUUCAGCACUGUCCAUAAGUAUCUCUAAUCAAUCGUAACUACUUUUAUCUAAUCUAAUCCAGUACGAGGAAGCACCCUGGAAUGUAAUCGUGCACGGAGAACUAAAACUACCUAUUUUUAGAUUAUUUUACUCAAAAGUAGGUAUAUCGUUUAAACUUUCUAUCCAAAAUUAGGUUGUUUUCUCUUUUUCUUCCACCGAUGUUGUCAAAACUAAAGCAAGCUGCAUCGACUCACUUAGGGUACUUUGGCCCAAUAAGCCAAUUUUAAGUAAAUGCCGUUUUUGUCAAAAUUAUGUUGAAAAAACUUUCGUUUGGGUUGAGUUUACCUACUCUUGAGUAUAUUUUUUGCUGGAGUUAAAGGCAAACUAGAUAGUAGGUUGUCCCAAAAUUUGCAUAUGGUCGAAAAGCUUGGGGGCUCACCCUGCAAAUGAUAGCUAAGGGUGUUAGAAACAAACUUUUGUAUGACGGCAACUUUCAAAAAUGACGUUUAGAGGUCGCCCCGGCGAGAUUUUUGAAAAAUGGCCAUUUUUCGUAAUAAAUUUCAUACAAAUAUUUUUUACCAUACAAAAAUUGGCAAUACCCACUAUUUUUAUAUUUUUUACAGCUUGACAGGGAUCCAAUCUGCAUGGGAAAAAUAAUUAACGACAUGUUUUGCAGGUAACUUUUUGAUACUGAAUUUUUUAAUUUACUAAAAUUUGUAAUUUUUUUAUAUACUUUGCAUUUUACCCAUCAUAAAAAGUAUCUGAACCUAAUGUUAAUUUAAAACAAUUUUCAUAAAAAGAUAGGAAAUUUUAUGAGGAAAAACUUUGCCGAAGACAGCAUGGCGUUUUUUCUAUCCGUUUUAGAGUUAUCCACGAUUUACUAUUUGGUGAAAUCUGGAUUUUUAGGUAGUUAAAAAAAAAUCACAAAAGAACUGCCCAAAAACACAUACAAAGUAAAAAAUUACGCAUGCUUAACAAGUUUUUGUCUUGAUUGUGUUUAGGAAUUAUGGUAGCAUCAUUCAUUGAAUUUUUCUUUCCGUUGACAAAUCCAUUUUCUUUGAUCUAGAAAGGCGCAUACUAGCGAGAAACUUUAUCAUAAGGUACCAUUUUGAGAUGCCUCAGUAGGCCAUGGCAUUUAUAACGGUUAUGUACUGACAAUGGUUUAUACGAGCAUAAUACACAUUCAAACGCACGACACAUUUUCUAUAUCAUUUAGAAGGUGAUACAUUCCGCAAAACAAGUCGAUCUUGUUUUUCGUUCAAAGACAUGAAUGAAACGUUCUAGUAGUACCUAUCAUUUUGAUCAACAUAUAGGACGAUAAAAAUGACGUCACUUGUUUAUGUCCAAAACUGUUGUUUACCAAUAAUAGCCUACCUUGUCUUUUUGUAUGCCGUGUAUGUGUUAUGGUCAGGGUUGUGCAGUUUCAGGAGGGUCAAUGUCGAAUGACACUCGCUCUAACCAUCACUUCAUACGACAAACGCAGUCCAUCAAAACAUAAUCGAUUCACGCAAAAGCCACUCAAGCCAACCCUCGUUCAAUGCAGAGUCAACCACAUCCAACAGCAGCGAUCGUCUCUUGUUUUCGAACCACACGAUGAAACACCGAAGCGAGUUUUUGUUCUACGCUUUGCAUUCUAUUCAUAGGGCGUGCUAUAUUUGUGUUUGCUGCGCCAUGCAAUACUACUUAACAAAUUGACCCUCAUCCUGGCAUUUUCAGACGAGAGUCACCCAGCAGUGAGUGACAUAGCUCUGCGUCGGAACGACGGUUAAGAAGCGUUCGGCUACUCAAGAGAUUUGCAGAGAAAGAGCGUGGCGGCGGCAGCCACCGUAUCAAUGCGUUCGUCUCGAAUGUGCUCGAUAGCAACAUAGAGACGGUCGGCUGUACCGUUGAUGGAGGAAGAAGGGCAAUGUUGAUGUUGCGGCUUUUUUGUGUUAUGAUGGUGAUAAUGCACAAGACUGGUUAUGGUAAUCAAAUUGUUCUAACCUUGGAUAACAUUACGUUAACUCACUGGUUCAUCUCAUCCCGCCCGUUUCAAUUUGCCUCGGUGUAUCUUAUUUUCGGUGUUGAUAAGAUAGUUCAAAUCAGUAGAUGCAAAAAAAGACAUGCCAUGCUUUUCAGAAUGUCUUGAAUUGGAACUUAGUAUCUAAAAAUUGGUAUUCUUACGUAAGAUGUUCGUAAUCGCGAUUUGAAUUUGGCAUGGAUCAACGUAUUCGCCUUUAUUCGCUUUGCCACUGUUUCCUGGGCUGUUUCACUGGUCCAGGACUCAUAAGUCUUCAUGUAGAAAAAUAAUUGAGAAUAUCGACAGGAAAGUAAGAUAAACGCGAAAAUAUGGCUCAACAUUUUGUAGAGAAUAUCUUUAAAAAAUCAAUAGGCUGUACGAAGCUUGUCAAGAGAACAAGCUUUUUAAGAAAUCUUUGCUAGUUAAUUUCCAUAUGAAGGGAUUGAAUAACAAUAACUAAAAAUCAAAUAAUGAUGUCAUCACAACACAAUCAAAACAAAAACUUGUUGAGCAUAUGUGAUGUUUUACUUUGUAUGUGUUUUUGAGAAGUUCUUAUGUGAGAUUUUUAGAAAAAUACCUAAAAAUUCAAAUUUCACCAAAUAGUAAAUUGUGAAUAACUGUAAAACGGAUAGAAAAAACGCCAUGCUGUCUUCGGCAAAGUUUUUCCUCAUAAAAUUUCCUAUCUUUUUAUGAAAAUUGUUUUAAAUUAGCAUUAGGUUCAGAUACUUUUUAUGAUGGGUAAAAUGCAAAGUAUAUCAAAAAAUGAGAAAUUUUAGUAAAUUCAAAAAUUCAGUAUCAAAAAGUUACCUACAAAACAUGUCGUUAAUUAUUUUUCCCAAGAAGUUUGGAUCCAUAUCAAGCUGUAAAAAAUAUAAAAAUAGUGGGUAUUGCCAAUUUUUGUACGGUAAAAAAAUAUUUGUAUGAAAUUUAUUACGAAAAAUGGCCAUUUUUCAAAAAUCUCGCCGGGGCGACUUUUAAACGUCAUUUUUGAAAGUUGCCGUCAUACAAAAGUUUGUUUCUAACACCCUUAGCUAUCAUUUGCAGGGUGAGCCCCCAAGUUUUUUUACCAUGUACUAUUUUGGGACAACCUACUAGAUAGUGUGAGUUUAAUCUAUUUACUCAAAUUUGAGUUAUUGGGCCAAACUAUGGGGUUGCGUCAAAAGAACUCAAAUUUGAGCAGUUUGGCGGCUCCGUGUGUAAGAUCUCACCCAAUUACUGUCCUUGUCAAUAUUUAUGAUUGCAGCGUAUCAGAGAUAUGACACAUGUAUCAAAGUAACCGAACUGAAUCACUAUUCAAUAUAAGAUCUUCAAAUAUAAGUUUGAAAACGAUCGGCCGAAUAAAAAAAAAAUGAAGGUGCAAUUUAGAACAAUCGUAACUACUUUUAAGAGAAAAUCAAUACAUUUUCGAUAUGUAUGAUCGGCGAAGAAUGGAAAACUUUAUUCAAAACAUACUUAAACAAAACUUGUCUGUUUCAAUCUAUUAUUUUUCUGCGUUUAUAUUGUCACUCUAUCACUAUUGUAUGUCAGAUAAGUUGUUAUGUUUUUGAUGUAAUGAUCUGUGAUAUUAUUUCGUUGGAAAUUUCAAAGCAAGAAUAAUCAUCAAUAUUUGAUACAAUUUUAAAUAAAUUACCUACACAAAACUGGAAAAUCAUCCUCUACAAGCUAUAUGAACCGAACAGGAACGAUUGUCGACAAAUCCCUACUCAUAUUCUUUCGUCUCCUCUUUGCGCUACCCAGAGAGUUGAACGCGAGAGAGCACACGAGCCAACGGAUAGAGACCGUAGUUUGCUUGUCUCUAAAUUCUAAGCCCCGCUACGAACCGUAUGUAAACUUUUCGUUUUCGAGCCCUUCUUAGCAGCGACCGGUGUGGUUCGCGUCUUUGUUCGCGGCUCUAUUUAACGUUAAAACGCUUGAUGAAGCCCAUGCGUGGGCUUGGUCUAAGCAAGCUGUUUUGGGAUCUUAAGCCAUGCCAUAUGUGUAUAUUUGGUAUGGUGCAGAUUCCAUAAAUAUUGUUCAGAAUAUUCAAGAUGGCGGUUCAAAACCAAAGAUGGCGGCCUACAAUUUGAUAUGGCAGCUAUUAUAUUGUGCUUUGAGCUCAAAAUUCAUGCAAUGUGAGUUUAUUUGGUAGGGAGAAAAUGUCCGAAGUCCAAAUAUGUGGACCAAAAUAUCUAAGAUGGUGGCUGUAUUAAAGAUUUUUAAACUUUAAAAUCAUGCAUUUUGGUAUAUUUGGUACGGAGAAAAUGUCCGGAGUCCAAAAAUAACGACCAGAAUAUCCAAGAUGACGACCCAAAAUUCAAGAUGACAGUUGUAAUAAGGAGUUUUAGCCUUAGAGGCUUAAACCAGCUUCCACAUCUAAUUGUUUGUCGCCAUCUUGCAUUUUGAGCUGUCAUCUUUGGUCAAAAUAUUUGAACUCCGGACCAGGGAUGGGAUCAUUCAUUUGCAAAAAGUUACUAAGUUCAGAAGCAUGCUAUCAAAAAACAAUGUAUGGAUGAAUUUAAACUUGUAGUUUUAUCUGAAAGUUUGUCGAACAACAUAAGGGUCGCACACGCAUACUAAAGUCGUGAGCGAACUGUGAAAUCAACUCUCCACGCGGUGAAUGUAAAUUACAUUCACGCCGUGAAGAGUUGCGUUUGCUACCUUCUGAUGACCUUACUAUUGAUGCUACGCUAGUACAUUAUUCUGGAAAGUUUCAGUUAAAACUGGUGCUCUGGUGAAAACAAAAAUGAAAAAGUGUCCAAAACUUACAUUGAUUUUUGCUACGAUGUUUCUGAAGCGAGUUGACAGCAAGUGCAUGUAACUGAUUGCAAAUGAAUGAUCCCACCCUGCUCCGGACAUCUUCUUCUUACCAAAUAUACCUAUAGACACUAUAGAUUCCAUAGACUCGCGGAGACAUGGUUGAGCAAUAUAAUUUUAAUGUGUUUUACCGUCCAUUUAGAGUGUACCGAGCGAAUAUGAUAUCCCGCAAUCCAUUGUCACUAUUGAAAUCGUGACGUCAUGCUCGUUUGGCUACACGAACUGACAGUUCGUUUGGCUACAGUUGUCUUUGUCUCCGCGAGUCUAUGGAAUCUACAGUGUCUAUAAAUAUACCCAAUAUUUUGACCAAAGAUGACAGCUCAAAAUGCAAGAUGGCGGACAACAAUUUGAGAUGGAAGCUGGGUUAAGCCUCUAAGGCUCCUUAUUAAAACCAUGCAAUUUGGAUACAUUUGCUAGGAGGAAGAUGUCCGGAGUUCAAAUAUUUUGACCUGAAGAUGACAACUCAAAAUGCAAAAUGGUUGCCAACAAUUCGAGAUUAAAGCUGGUUUAAGAAAUUUUAGGUUCAACGCCAUUCAAUAUGGAUUUGUUAGAAAAAAAAUACGACCAUAAUAUCCAAGAUGGCGGCCCAAAAUUCAAGAUGGCGACUGUUUUAGGCUCUCAAAUCAUUCAGAAUAAGGAUAAUUUUGUAUGGGGAACACGUAGAGUCCAAAAAUGGCGACCAGAGUAUCCAAGGUGGGGGCCAACAUGUUCAAAACAAUUCAAAACUCUUCUUGAGGGUGAAUAUUCUAAGCGCGAUAUGCGGCACUAAAAGUAUUGAAAACGCGCGACGAUGUCGUACAAUGUUUAAAAACAUUUUUGAUAAGUUCAAAAGUUAUGAAAAAAAGUCCAAAAUGUUAGCUCUAAAUUCAAGAUGUAACAUGAACAGGCAUUUCUGUCAAAUGGAAAAUAAAGCGAUAUUCAUUAACAUGUCACUUGAGUUUGGUUGAGAUGGGUUCUCUAAGGCACGAAAAAAGCGACAUCACCCAUCGCUAGGUGGAUUAUUUAGCGUUUUCUUAUGCGUUUGAUCAGAUCAAAAACUGGAAAACGUAUUUUAUGAUAAAAGCACUACCGUCACGUAGAUCUACGUAGACUCUGAAGGAGGGAUGGGGGUUUCUGCACAAAGUCUAUGCUGCAAACAAAUUUUCAAUUUUAUUGUAUGAACAAAAGACUACGGAGGGGGUUCUAAGUGGUCAAAACUGAGUCUACGUUAUUUAUGGACAGCACCCUAGGUGGAUUUAUCCGGGUUUUUUCUGCUUUCGAAGACUGAACAGUAGGGUUUCCCAAAAUAGAAAAAGUGUCAAAAAGUUAACUUGCUCACCCUUAGAAUGAUAGAUUAGGGUCCUAGCAACAAUAGUUCCAUACAUGAAAACUCAAUCAAAAAAUAUUUAGAGGUUGCACCAGGGCCGGAUUUAAGGGGGGGCCAGGGGGGCCAUGGCCCCGGGCCCCCACAAUUCAGGGGCCCCCACAAAGUCCCACUUCACGAAUAAAAAUUUGAAACAAAAAAAAAAUGACUGAGUGCCAAAAAUGAAACAGAAGAUAGAGGGAUACAAUGUUCAAAAUAUUUUUUUGUUUAUAGGGAGAGAAAAAAAGGGGUUUUGCAAAGGGGCUGACAAUAUCGGGUCACUAAUGAGGAAUUCCACGGAGUCAUGUCAGUCGAUCCUGAGCGACCAUUUCAAAAAUAUCUGAAACUUUGCACAGUUUUUCAAUUUCAUAUAAAUCGCCAUUUUUUGAUAUUAAACCUUCAUAUUCACUCACGACUAACUUUUCAAAAGGGUGUAUGCGAAAAUAGUUCUAAAAUAUUCUAAAAGCUAUACAGCAAAAACGGAUUGUUCGAUUGUUAUAAAUUUUUCAGCAAAGUUAGAUAACUAAAUGAUGAUUCCUUAGAAAAUAUACACUGUAAAAAAUUUCUUUUUCUACUUUGAAAAAAUAUGAUAUUUGUCACAAAAACUCAAAUAUCUUAAAACCCUAUCUUUUUACCAACUUCAAUUUUUUAGGGGAAAUGGCCCAUUAUAUCAGCUAUCUACCAUAAAAUUUUGGUGAUGGUAAACUGAUAAACAAAAAAGUUAUGACAUUUCAAACAUUUCACAAUUUUUACAUUUAGUAACAAAGAAAAAUUUGAAAUCUAUUUGAAACUUAGACGCGAUCCAGUGUUGUGAUCAAAAAUAUAGAGAUUGUCAUACUUUUUAUUGUACGUGACUGGUGAAAAAAUCCCUUGAUAGUGUUGAAAAGCUGUUGAUUAUAAGAAAAAUGGAAUUGAAUUUAUUUUUAAGACAAAAGCUGUAUAAUAAAAGUUUUUUAUACGCGUAUACGUCUAGUUUAUCCGCAAAAAAAUCCCUCUUACACACUUAUUUCUGAAUUGCCUGUUCGGUACUUUUUCGACGAGAUUAUAACAGCAGUAAGAUCUCGGUAGUUUCGGUAAUCGAUUUUACUGAGGCUCAGUAAAACAACUGUCAAAAUCGUAUGGAAAAGGUAAACAAUGCAUUUUUGCUGAACGAGUUCGGUGCUCAGCAGUUUUAAUCUCGUCAAAAAAUUACCGAACUCGGUAAUCAAAAUUAAGUGUGUAGAGAACAGACUUUAUGAUCGGAAGAAUGCGAGUAACUUCAACAACAACAAAUGCAUAAGAGGUACAUACCACAGACAAACAGACGAAACGCCUAGAACAAUUUUAGUGAAAAUUCAUCGCCCAGUUCACACUAUCACCACCUGGUGGAAAUGUUUCACGAAACACUGCGUUGUGCAAUAUCGUCAUCAGAAGGCGCUAGUGUGAAACGUCAAACGCAAAGAAAAACGAUGGGCGCUCUUCUUGUUUUGAAAGCCACAACCAAGAUUCAAAAUGAUCGUUGAAGGCGUGGUCAAUGAAAAUUUCGCCAGUGUUACGUUUGUUUGUCUGUAUACAUACCUGACAAUGCUCACGAAAAAAAACAAAAAAAUACUACCGCUAUGAAUAUUAAAAAUUGUAUAGUAUUUUUUUUUUCUUCAGCCACCAAGUAAGUUAAAAUUAAUAAGUGAUUUUGUUUAUUAUAAUCUAACGAACAAGAUGAACAGUCGCUUUCUCAAAGGUCUUCAACUCAACGCUCUCUUGUAGACCGUUUGAUGAAAAAAAAUGUUCAAAAGAGUUACGAAAUCUCACCGAAAGCACCAUAGAUAAACUGAAAGAGACUGGUUAUGCCCAAAUGUCCACAUUGUGUACAAAAUUACGCAUUUGCACGUCCUGCCGUCUAAAAUUUGACAAACGAGCCAUCUGUAUAUCAUCGGUAAAGCAGGGCGCAGGAAGUUCGAAAACGACAACAACUGAGAAAUUGCCAUCAGCGACAUCUGUUUAAACAAUUUAAUUACGCCCCUUUUCAAAAAUGCCCUGUAAUAUUCUUCAACAUCUAUACCCAUUUCAAUAUUUUUAACGUUGCAAAACACGCUUUCAACAUUCAUCUUGAAGAAGAGGGAAAACACUUGUCCUCAAAUGUAACAGCAAAUUAAUGAAUAAACGACUAAUGCGCGGAGGGCGUGAUAAAAUCGGAACAUUACGGUACAUAGUAUAUUAUAUGUAUAUAUAAUAUAUAAUAAAAACAACUUGUUUUACUCACGCAAGGCCAUCAACAAUAAAAUCAGCAUCAAACUUCAAUUUCCGGCCGAAAUAAUUUACACUAAAAAAAAUUAUUACUAAAUGUGAAAAUUGUGAAAUGUUUGAAUUGUCAUAAUUUUUUUUGUUUAUUUUCAUGGUAGAUUGCUAAUACAAUGGACCGUUUUCUCUAAAAAAUUACGUUGGUAAAAAGAUAGGGUUUUGAGAUAUUUGAGUUUUUGUGACAAAAAUGAUAUUUUUUAAUGUUAAAAAAGAUUUUUUUCACAGUGUAUAUUUUCUUAGGAAUCGCCAUUUAGUUAUCUAACUUUGCAGAACAAUAAAAUCAGCAUCAAAUCGCGAUUCCCGGCCGAAAUAAUUUACACAGAAAAAUUUUUUUUACUAAAUGUAAAAAUUGUGAAAUUUUUGAAAUGUUAUAACUUUUUUGUUUAUUAGUUUACCAUCACCAAAUUUUUAUGGUAGAUUGCUAAUACAAUGGACCGUUUUCCCUAAAAAAUUCAAGUUGGUUUUGAGAUAUUUGAGUUUUUGUGACAAAAAUGAUGUUUUUCAAUGAUAAAAUAGAUUUUUUUUCACAGUGUAUAUUUUCUUAGAAAUCACCAUUUAGCUAUCUAACUUUGCUGAAAAAUUCAUAACAAUCGAACAAUCCGUUUUUGCUGUGCAUAUUUUUGAAUAUUUUUGAACCAUUUUCACAUACACCCUUUUGAAAAGUUAGUCGUGGCUCUAAAUAAAAAUUUGAUAUCGAAAAAUGGCGAUUUAGAUGGAACUGAAAAACUGUGCAAAGUUUCAGUUCAAUAGAAAAUCAUGAAUUAAAAAUUUUCCUUAAUUUUGAUGCUGUUGCUUGGAAUCGCUCUAAUGUACUACCUACUGGUGGAAUGUGAUAUAUUAUGGUUCUCAUUUGAAGGACUGCAGCUUUCGAAGCUCCUCCAAAACUUGCUAACAUUUUUUAUUUGAACUAGUCAAUCUUGUGCAAUUGACCAAAAUAUUUUAUUGGAAAUCCUGGAGAAAAACUUCGCUUGAACUCUAGAUUAACUCUUAAACUCUGUAGAAUGUAUACUUACAAAAGUUCCUGCUGAAUAUUCGUGUUUAUUUCUGUUGAAAAUUUUGGACAUAUUUUGGAAGAAUUUUCCAAGAAUUCUUAAUAGAAUUGCAGGAAUAUUCUUGUUUUUUUUUUUUGAAAACAUUCGGAAAGUUGAUUGGAAUAAUAUGGUUGGGUUCUUGAAACAUUUAUUCACUUAGGAUGUAAUUUAUGGCGAACUCCUGACAAAAUCCUUAGAUUUCUUGAAGACAUUGCAAAAGAAAUUUGUAAAGAAAUCCCAACAAAAUCUUGCACAUGCUAUAAGAAAUGAAGCUAGGAAUUACAUAAGACACUUCGCCUGGAUUUUCGCAAAAAAAAAUAACAGUCUCUAUUCGAAUUCCCCCUUUUAAAUGACAGAAUUUCUAUUAUGAAGCUUCCCCAGAAGUUGAUUUCAGAAUUUUGUCGUUUUUUUUUUGGGAAGUCGCCAGAGAACCCUCUGGCAGCCGCGUUAGAACUUUUUCUGCUUAAGCUCCACAAAAAAAUCAUGGUAGUCGACCAGCAAGCUCCAGGGAUUCUGCUAGAAAUUUUAUUUGCCGUUCUCACAAAAACUACCCCAGCGGUCGGGUUACAAAAUUUACUAGAAAUUUUCUGCUAUGAAUAUAGAUUUAUAGAUUUAUCUAAAGACUCUGAUACGAAUUACGACUAACUCUAACGCAAUGAUCUAAAUCGCAAAAAAAAUAAUUUAUAUAAUUUCUUCAAAUUCUUCCACAACGACAUUAGUUCUUAUUUGUAAGAUUUAAUAAUAUUUUUACAAUUUUUUUAUCCUAUAUAAGCAAAAAUACACCCCUGGAAAUGGGGCCCCACAACACUGUGGCCCCGGGCCCCCACAUUUGUAAAUCCGGCCCUGGGUUGCACGCAUCGAUUUUAUGAAAAAUGGACGAUUUUUGGUAUUUUUACCAAAAAAAUGCUAAUAUGAGUUGAAAAAUAAAAGAAAUAGAAGUCAUCAAUCAAAGUAAAUCAUAGUUCUGGGCCCGCAAACAAAGUUUGGAGGGAGUUUAGGUCAUCAAAGCUGAUUUUAUAUAUUUGGCAAAGCUUAAAAUAUCAAAAAAUUGCGGUUUUUUUCAUCAAAUUUUUCAAAAAUGCUCAAUUUAUAAGGAUUUUAAAUUUUUUCCUGCGAUUCACAAUUCCCUUAUUUUAUAGCAAAUUUUGUGUAGAUUAUUUCGACUGAAGACAGGUUUGAGCUAUCUCCUUCAUGAGCAGAAAUAUCGGUUUGAUAGUGAUAACACAAUCAACGAAAAAAUCAUGUUUUCUUACGUUAGUCGAUUUCGUUCACUAGUUUCCAUGACUACCAUGCAAUUAAAACAACACACGACAAAUUUUAAACAUUACAGUACGUGCAAAUGUACAUUUUUGAAGAAUUUCAGGAGUAUUGGGUUGCUAUGAUCAUUACUGAUUCAUACUGCAUGACAGUAACAAUAUGUAAAUGUUUUGAGAGUUAAUCAUCGUUUCAUAUCUACAUAUACUGAACAUAACUUUUUUGCAAUUUCUCAUCGUAAUAGGCUGUUUUACCUCACGCAAAUCUGACAGAAAAAGGCCUUUUUCCCACACCGAAUUAACAGUGCUGUAAUGGUUCUACAGCACUGAUUUGCGUUGCGUAAUGAACCAUUACAGCACUAUUUUCAGUUUUGGUCAACUUUUUGAUGCUUUCUGGACGCAGUUUUGAAAAAUUGUGACAAUUGCACAGUUCAACCUAUUAUGAUCAGAUUUUCUUAAGCAUUGGCUAUGAACAUCAGUGUGCAGUUUGAUGAAAAAGUUUUGUUGAAAACUAUCCUUAAGGGUUGUUCGGUUACGAACUGCUCUCCGAAAAGCACGCAAACAAUUCACCACAUCGAAGUCAUUCAUUCAACGCAUGUUCAGCAGCACAUCGUCAUUCUGCACCUUGUUGCGUAAACUACUAUUCACACCCGCUUUGUGAAUACGAAAAGAUUUUUUUUCUUAGAUUUCAUCUGUUGAUCAGAUAACAGUAGCAAGCCACCGAUUCAAAACUUGUAAUUUUGAUUGAAAAUUAUGUUUUAACAAGUAAGCAGCGCAGCAGAAAGAUUUCAACAUUGACAUUUCUUAGGUUAACACCUCUUGUAACAAAUUAGGCCAGUCACUAAGUUUUAUUUAUUUUUUAAUAAUAGUAGAAUCUAAACAUCCUGAUGCUUUCUGAAAUCCAACUCUAGCUGCAAAUAUGAGCGCUAAUGGUUUGCUAUUAAAAUGAAAUUAUAUAAUGGAAACCAAUAUUGCGCAAAGAAUUAGCUUUCUGAAAAUCUUCAAAAAUGUAUACUUGCAUAACAUAACAUGUCAAAAACUUGUUAUUUGUUUUUUUUGCAUGGUAGUCAUAAAAACCAAUGAACAAAAACAAAUAACAUAAGAAAAUCCGAUUUUUAUUCAUUGAUUGUGUUAUCAUUAUUAUGCCGAUAUCUCAACUCAUAAAGGAGAUAGCUCAAAAUUGUCUUCAGUCGAAAUAAUCUACACAAAAUUUGCUAUAAAAUAAGGGCAUUGUGAAUCGCAGGAAAAAUUUUAAAAUCCCUAUAAAUUGAGCAUUUUUGAAAAUUUUGGCGAAAAAAAUCGCGAUUUUUUUAUAUUUUAACCUUUGCCAAAUAUAUUAAAUCAGCUUUGAUGACCUAAACUCCCUCCAAACUUUGUUUGCGGGACCCAGAACUAUGAUUUACUUUGAUUGAUGACUUCUAUUACUUUUAUUUUUCAACUCAUAAUAGCAUUUUGUUUGUAAAAAUACCAAAAAUCGUCCAUUUUUCAUAAAAUCGAUGCGUGCAACCUCUAAAUAUUUUUUGAUUGAGUUUUCAUGUAUGGAACUAUUGUUGCUAGGACCCUAAUCUAUCAUUCUAAGGGUGAGCAAGUUAACUUUUUGACACUUUUUCUAUUUUGGGACACCCUACUGAAC